UGUUCGCUCACUCUAACGCUGGACUCAUCUUAGUAACUAAGAGUGAUGAAUCAUUCCAUCAGAACCAAGCUUUCACGUGCAAUUACCAACUUAGCCCUCCAACUCCCUUCCUAUACCUCCGAACGCAGACUAGCAGAACAAACCUGCUUGACCCUCCUUCAUUCUUGCAACACUCUCACCAACCUCACACAAAUCCACACCAUCAUCCUCAAAUUGGGUCUCCAUAACAACCCUCUUGUUCUCACCAAGUUCGCUUCAACAUCUUCAGAUCUCAAUGCCAUUCACUAUGCUGCUUCAUUCCUAUUCUCCCCCUCUAAUAAUAAUAACAAUCUCUUACUGUAUGAUGCAUUCUUGUUUAACACUGUUAUCAGGGCUUAUGCUCAAACGGCUGGCUCAAAGUUUAAGGCUUUGGAGUUUUACAAAACCAUGUUUAGCUAUGGCGUUUUGCCAAAUAAGUUCACGUACCCUUUUGUGCUCAAGGCGUGUGCUGGCAUUGGUGACUUGAAUUUGGGGGAAAUGGUUCAUGGAUCUUUGGUGAAGUUUGGUUUUGAUGAUGAUCGUCAUGUACAGAACACUAUGAUUCACAUGUAUUGUUGUUGUGGGGAAGGGGUUGAGUUUGCUCGGAAGGUGUUUGAUGAAAGUCCCAAGAUGGAUUCCGUUACUUGGAGUGCUAUGAUUGGUGGAUAUGCGCGUCUGGGGCGGUCUAUGGAAGCUGUUGGAUUGUUUAGGGAAAUGCAGGUUAAGGGUGUUGUAUCUGACGAUGUCACCAUUGUUUGUGUGUUGUCUGCUUGUACCGAUUUGGGUGCACUUGAGCUUGGGAAGUGGUUAGAGUCUUAUGUUGAGAGGAAGAAAAUACCAAAGUCAGUGGAGCUCUGCAAUGCUUUGAUAGACAUGUUUGCAAAAUGUGGUGAUGUUGACAAAGCUCUGGAACUGUUUAGACAAAUGAGUUUUCGCACUAUAGUUUCAUGGACUUCGGUGAUUGUUGGUUUGGCAAUGCAUGGCCGCGGCUUAGAGGCUGUUUCGUUGUUUGAUAUGAUGAUUGAGCAAAGGGUGGCACCUGAUGAUGUUGCAUUUAUUGGGGUCCUCUCUGCUUGUAGCCACUCCGGGCUGGUCAAUAAAGGACAUUACUAUUUCAAUUCAAUGGAGAAGAACUUCAGCAUUGUGCCAAAGAUUGAACAUUAUGGAUGUAUGGUGGAUCUGUUAAGUAGAGCUGGACUUGUCAAGGAGGCUUUGGAAUUUGUUCAAAAAAUGCCUAUUAACCCAAACCAAAUCAUCUGGAGAAGCAUAAUCACUGCUUGUCAUGCUCGGGGUGAGUUCAAGCUUGGAGAGAGCAUCUCAAAAAAACUUAUCAGAAGCGAGCCAAUGCAAGAGUCUAACUAUGUACUGCUUUCAAACAUUUACGCAAAAUUGCUUCGCUGGGAGAAAAAGACCAAGGUUAGAGAGAUGAUGGAUUUGAAAGGGAUGAAGAAGAUCCCAGGAAGCACCAUGAUUGAACUGAAUAAUGAGAUGUAUGAGUUUGUUGCUGGAGAUAAGUCACAUAAUCAGUCGAAACAAAUAUACGAAAUGAUGGACGAGAUGGGAAGGGAGAUAAAGAGGGCUGGCUAUGUGCCUACAACCUCACAGGUAUUGCUUGACAUUGAUGAAGAAGACAAAGAAGAUGCUUUGUAUAGACACAGUGAAAAAAUUGCCAUAGCUUUUUCUCUUUUGAAUACACCCCCUGGCACACCCAUUAGACUCGUGAAAAACUUGCGUGUCUGUGAAGAUUGUCAUUCUGCUACUAAGUUCAUAUCUAAGGUUUAUAACAGAGAGAUUGUGGUGAGGGACCGCAAUCGGUUCCACCAUUUCAAGAAUGGCGUGUGCUCCUGUAAAGACUUCUGGUGACCAGUUGAUUGAAGUAUCAUUAAUUUUCUUCACAUUUUCUGAAACAUCAAAAUUUUCAUGUCUGAAUAUCAUUUUGGGAUUACGAUUUUUAAUUCUUUUUUCAAGGUUUCUACUUUCCAUCAUGUACAAAAUGUUGUCCAAAAACUGACUAGGAGGUAGAUGAAUAACCAUGGGUCAAUCUUGAUGCUAUAUCCUAACAAUUCACGAGACAGUUAAAGUUUCUUUUGUUGGUGUCAAAACAUAGGUAUUGUCCUCAGUUACUUGUCUGAACCAAGGGUAGAAAUGCUAUUGGUUGCCAACUUUUGUACGGCUGAAAUUGAAAUGUAAGCUAUGUAAUUUACUAAGGUAGCCAUUUUAGAGUUAAUUUCAUGAAAUCAAUGAAGUUAUAUGCAUUAUUUUGGAAUAAUAAAUAAAUUGAUUCCAAAUAAUUAUUUGUCAAUGUGCACCCUUAGGAUGCAUUUGGACAAGUCAUUUGCAGGGAGUAAUGUAUUGUUUAAUUGUAUUUAAAACAUUCUCUUAUAGCAUAUGCUGUUCAGAUAUUUGCUUAUAGUUUUUUGUAGUUUCUCUAGGUUAAAGGCUACCUUAUAACCCAAGAAUCAGGAAUUUGAAAUUGUCUACUUCACACUCCCCUCUCCUGGAUUCACUUUGCCCUUGCUUUUCUAGUUUCUUGUUUUCAUAGCCAGCCAGAGCUUGCUGAUCUGAGGCCUACAUCAGGUGUGUAUUUGUAACUUGCUGCCUUGUUCCCAAAUAUGUUUAUCAAUGUAUCAUGACGUAGAAGCUGAUCUCUUUUCAUAUGCCCUAUGACAAGAUCUCUCUGGAUCAUGCUUUUGGAGUUGUGGAUUUUUCAUAUGGAUUAACAUCAUCUUUUUUCUUGAAAAGAUUUUGAAUCCUGUAAAUGAAAAGCAGACAUUGUGACAAUCUUUGGUUUAUCAUUUAUGUUGUUGUAUCUGGUUGGAAAAUAAUACCAAAAUCAUUAGUUAUUCCUUUUCAUUCUAUGCUUUAUUUGCGCUAUGAUUACUCUUUUGGCAUCUCUUUGCUGCUCUACACAGGGUUCAAUGGUGUUUCUUCAUGCAUUGUUGCAUGAUUUUACUAUACUACUGUUAGGCUUUUGUACUCUUCUAUUCAAAUAAAAUUUCAUUCUCUAUAAAAUAUAAUGAUUUAUAAUGUAUAAAAUUAUAAUCUCAUUCUUAUAUUUUCGUUAGACAGUUUCAUGAUUCAUCUUGGAUUUCUGGUUCAGCAAUCAGCAUCUCGAAGAGUAGUUGUUGGAAUCUUGUUUGAAGCUCAGGUUGAUUCCAUUCUUUGUCAGUAAGCUCUUUCUAUGUUCUUUUCUAUUUGUUUUGGUAUAACUAUGCCAUGCUUUCUCCUUGGAAUAUGCUUUCUUUUCUUGUCUUGCUUGAUAAUAUUUGAUGAAAUCACUCAUUUUAAUUGAUAUUUCCAAUAGUGAGUUAGAUAUUGUCUCUUGGAUAAAACUAUAGACAUGAGAGACGGAGCAGAUAUUUUCUAUCUCUACAACCAAACAAGUUUCUAUAUCCAAUGGUUUCUGUCUCAGAAACAGUAUCUAAAUAUAGCCAUAGAGAUAGAGAAAAUACAAUAGUUUUCUCUCCUUGAAGUACCAAAAUUUAUAUCUCUAUUUCUGUCUCUAUAGAUAAACGAGUCUUUAUGUUUAAAUCUCUGUAUUUUUAUCUUAGAAAUAAUAUCCAAAUAAGUAUUUGGGACACUAAUUUUCUAAAUUGGAUGAAUGAGCAUGAGGUGUAUGAUUCUCUAUUCUCUAA